AGUCCACACGAACCUGAUUGGGUCGCCCAGCCGGAUUGACCCGAUCUGUAUUUAUACAAUACGUUUAGGAUCACCGUUUCGGACCUGAACCCAAUUGGAUCCGACCCGUUUGCCUGCCAGGACUGACUCAUAGGAGCACUAAACGCACAGCAUUAGGAAGCCGUUGACUUGGACGGAUGUUCCGAGCCAGAGCUUUGAAAUAAGGUGGAAAUUUCGCAGGCGAAGAAGAACACCUCCAUUUCGCGAAGAACAUUGAGAAUUUGAGAGAGAGAGAGAGAGAUGUCUUUGAAGGCUUCGAGCUCGUCGAAUCCGAUGUUGCCGAUAUCCGAUCCUCCCGGAGACGAAGACAGAGACAAACCUCUCAGAGGCGAAGAGAAGCUUUUCAAAGGUUCUGCCAUGACCAAACGAGGAGCCUAUGCGGCAAUCUCGUACAUGUCUUGCGCAGUGCUCUUGAUAUUGUUCAACAAAGCUGCUCUUUCAUCCUAUAGCUUCCCGUCUGCAAAUGUCAUCACACUCUUUCAGAUGAUAUGUUCAUGUUGUUUUCUCUAUGUAAUGAGACACUUGAAGAUGAUUUCUUUUACGGUAGGUGAAUCUUUGACUGUAUCUGAUAAUGUCACAACACUUGUACCUUUGAAGACAUUGAGGCACACUCUUCCUCUUGCAGGAGCCUAUUUGCUUUACAUGCUAGCCACUAUGGAGUCUGUACGUGGAGUAAAUGUUCCCAUGUACACCACCCUCAGGCGGACUACUGUGGUAUUUACAAUGGUUGUGGAGUAUAUUCUAGCUGGGCAGAAGUACACAUCUUCUAUUGUUGGAAGUGUUGCAUUGAUCGUUCUUGGUGCUUUUAUUGCGGGAGCUCGGGACUUAUCAUUUGAUGCCUAUGGCUAUGCUAUUGUUUUCUUGUCCAACAUCACUACAGCAAUAUAUCUGGCAACCAUAGCCCGUAUUGGGAAAUCCAGUGGCCUGAAUAGCUUUGGCCUUAUGUGGUGCAAUGGAAUCUUGUGUGGACCGAUUCUGCUGUUAUGGACAUUUAUUCGGGGUGACUUAGAGAUGACAAUUAAUUUCCCAUAUAUGUUUUCUCCUGGGUUUUUGGCUGUGUUGUUUUGUUCAUGUGUACUGGCGUUCUUCUUGAACUACAGUAUAUUUUUGAACACGACUCUCAAUUCAGCACUGACCCAGACAAUUUGUGGUAAUCUGAAGGAUCUUUUUACCAUUGGGUUUGGCUGGAUUCUUUUUGGUGGGCUUCCAUUUGAUAUUUUCAAUGUUAUUGGGCAACUUCUCGGUUUUAUUGGCUCUGGUUUGUAUGCCUACUAUAAGCUCAUUGGGAAGUAAAUUCUUAACUGUUUCAUGGCUAUUUUUCUUCAUUGGAGAAAAUGAGUUGCUUUAUUGUGUUCCUCCAAUUCUGGUUUAAUGAUCAAGGGGUUCUUGGAAAGUGAGAUAUACUGGUAUCAAGUCAUAUUUUGCUGAUGGGUGGGUGUUGGAAAAGAAAAGCAAUUUAGCGUAUAGUGGCAACCCCUUUUGCUAAUUUGAUGUGUCUGAGUUUACACAUUGUAUAUGAUGAUUCUCAAUUAAUCCUGCUUCCUGGGUCUUUUAUUUUGAUCCCCGUAACAUCAAAUUGGCAGAAAAUUUUGAAGAUUUAGGUGGUUAAUAUAUGAGUCUGACUACAAAUUGUACUAAAUUCAAUUAAUUAGAUGAUACUUCCAGUAUAAUCAAAUUUAAUAUUGUGUACCA